CGGCCUCCUCUGGGUCUCUAGUAGUUUCUGUGCCGCUGACGCAUGCUUGCGUGCAGAGCUGGGCCGGGCGCGUCCUACGCAGCAGCCGCGAGCUGGGCACCUGGUGCCAGACGGUUCCCGGCGGGGGGCAGGGGCGGGGCGCCGCAGAGGCCAGGGACUCCCGGCCGAGGAGCCCCAAGGAGGCCGGGCUGACUGCUGACGAGUUGCCAUGGCAUCCUACUACGAAAUCCUAGAUGUUCCGCGAAGUGCGUCCGCUGAUGACAUCAAGAAGGCGUAUCGGCGGAAGGCUCUACAGUGGCACCCAGACAAGAACCCCGAUAAUAAAGAGUUUGCUGAAAGGAAGUUCAAGGAAGUGGCGGAGGCAUAUGAAGUGUUAUCUGACAAGCAUAAGCGGGAGAUCUACGACUGCUAUGGCCGGGAAGGGCUGACUGGGGCAGGAACUGGCCCAUCUCAAGCAGAAGCUGGAGGUGGUGGGCCCGGCUUCACCUUCACCUUCCGCAGCCCUGAGGAGGUCUUCCAGGAGUUCUUUGGAAGUGGAGACCCUUUUGCAGAGCUCUUUGAUGACCUGGGCCCCUUCUCAGAGCUCCAGAACCGGGGUUCCCAGCCCUCGGGCCCCUUCUUCACCUUCUCUUCCUCCUUCCCUGGGCACUCCAAUUUCUCCUCCUCAUCUUUCUCCUUCAGUCCUGGGGCUGGUGCUUUUCGCUCUGUUUCUACAUCUACCACCUUUGUCCAUGGACGCCGCAUCACGACACGCAGAAUCAUGGAGAAUGGGCAAGAACGGGUGGAAGUGGAGGAGGAUGGGCAACUGAAGUCAGUCACAAUCAAUGGUGUCCCAGACGACCUGGCCCUGGGCUUGGAGCUGAGCCGUCGUGAGCAGCAACAGUCUGUCACCUCCAGGUCUGGGGGCACACAGGUCCAGCAGACCCCUGCCUCACGCCCCUCUGACAGCGACCUCUCUGAGGAUGAUGAGGACCUGCAGCUUGCCAUGGCCUACAGCCUGUCAGAGAUGGAGGCAGCUGGGAAAAAACCAGCAGGUGGGCGGGCCACACAGCGACGACGACAGGGACAGCCCAAGGCCCAGUACCAAGAUCCGGGUAUCGGAGGGGCCCAUGAGGAUGCCAAGGGUGACGCAGCCAAAGCCAGCCCCUCCCCAGAGGAGAAGGCCUUCCGCUGCCUCAUCCUCUGAUCACCAGGCCCAACCCACCCUUAUUCAGGGUGACCAAGGGUCCUGCUUAGUGCUGGAGAGCAGGGAGGGGCAUGGCCUGAGUGGCAGGAACCCUUCUCCAACUCAUGCUCCCUUCACAGGUUUCCCUCCCAGACCCACCCACACUCCAGCGUGGACUCGGGAUUUGCUCUGUUCAGCCCAUGGCUGAUGGGUGAAACCCAGGGUGGGGGACCUCAGGGCAGUUGGAGGGCCUGAGGAGCCAGGAUGCAUUUAUUCUUAUGAGAACGGGAGCUUUUGAAGGAGUCAGUGGUUCAGGUCGGGCCUAUUGUGCCCAGGUCUUAUGCCACCUGUGUUACUGAUGAUGUCAAGGAAGGAGGACUUGGCCUGGGUUCUCUGAGCCGGAGUCGGGAGCUACACCAGGGAGUCGCCUGCUCUCCUUGUCCAGCUGCAGACACCCCCUCCCUUGUUUCUGUGCCGUGUUGAGUUCUGACUGUCUCUGUUGCUUCCCUUCUGGUGCUGCUUCUCCUUCCUGGCAUUCUUCUUUCUGCACUUCCCUGCGGGCUGCAUCGCUUGCUUUUACUGACGUCGGGCUAGGACUCCCUUCUUCCUUCCCAGAGAAGGCCUCAAUGUGGCGAGAAAGAUGCUGUGGCCGGUAGGGCCAUAAGGUCUUCCAGGGAGGCAAGCUGGGUGGGGCGGGAGCCUCUCAGCCCUCCAGAUUUAGAACCGGAGCCCACUCCUCCUCCCUUCCUCUUGCUGCCUCAGCCUGCCCCAGACCUCGGGACUAGGCAGAAGUGAGGCUGGCUAACUCUGCAGAGGUGGGAUAAGGCCAGGGUGCCCGGGAGGGAGGCUUGUACCCUGCCCUACUUUACAUGCAUCAGGGCCCAGGGAGAGGCCACAGGGCUAGCCCAGGUCUGCAUGCUCAGCUCCAUCCUCCAGGCUUGCUGCUGACCCUCUCUCCUGUCGCCCCACCCCCGCUCUCUCCCCAGAUGUGUUCUGAGCUGGAUAUCCUGGAUCCAGAGUCGCUGCACAGCUCCAACAGGACAGCGCCCUCCCCUGUGCACUGGGAGGGGACCCUCCAUUCCUCUCCCUCACCUGUGCUGAGUGUAGAGCAAGGCCUGGGUGGUGGGUGGGGGCUGGGUGGGAGGCAUCAGUAGUCUUAGCCUGUAAACUCUUCCCUGGGUGUUUGGUGCUGUCUCUUGGGGACUACAAGUCCCAGAAUGCAAUGCACCCGUCUCGUUUCUAGUAGAUCAUGCUUGGGAGAAGACGUGCACAGCUAUGGAGCUUUGCAUCUUGGGACAUGUAGUUACAGACCAGGCCAGCCUGUCACUCACUGCUAGACGGGGAUACCUUGUCAUUUGAAUUGUCCCUGGCAGGGGUGGCAAGAACAUGGUCCAAGCUUAGGCUACCCCGACACCUUUUGCUAGUGUCAGGGUUAGAGUGUACAAGUCGAAGCCCUGUAGCAUCUGGGAAAGGCUCUUUUCCUGUGGAGUCCCGGGCCUGGGCAGGAUUGACUAAGCAGGGCAUGGCCCCAGAAGGCUGGUGGGCGUGGGCCAGCAGAGAAGUGGAAGGGAAAGCGUCCUCUGGGGUGUGUGUAUGUGUGUGUGUGUGUGGCUGGGAUUGGCUUGUGAUGGCUGCCCUGGGAAUGUUGCUGCUUGUAUGGCUUCUCUGGCCUCUGACCCUGCUGCCCAUUCUUUUUCUUCAACACCACAGAUGAGCUGCCUCUCCUCCUCCCUGUCUGGGGUGCCUAGUGGCUAGGAAGGGGAGUGGUGGAGCCAGGGGUUGCCAGCUCUUGUAACAUUGAGUCCUCGAGUCCUAUUAAAGCCAGCUGGGCCGAGCUCAGACUGAAGGGAACACUGGAAAUAAAGCUGUUUGGAGAGCU